AUGGCGGUAGAUCAUGGACGUCUGCGCGAGGCAGGCGAGACCGAAAACGGGGUUUUGGGGUUUUUCUCGAGGCUGCGGAAUUGCCCACCUUUCGAAAAUAUCUUCCGGUCAGAUGAAAGGAGCAACGCAGUCCUCUCCACGGUCCAGUUCUCGAUCGCAGGCUUCGCCACAGGUUUUCUCUUUGGCGCCCUGUCGUUUGACUUUUUGUUGAACUCGCCGUUCCUGACAAAUGCAAAGCGCGGCGUUCUGCGUGACCUGGCAGAGACGCACAGUUCGCUUCGCCAGCAGCGCGAGAACUUUCUCCUCAUUCGCCAACACACUUCUGUGCUGCAGAGGCUCCGUCGAGCUCUCUCGUCUUUGGAAAACAGCGGCGCCCAGUCGAUGUCCGCGAUGUCCGCGGCGCAUGCAGCGGGCGGAGACACCCACGUGCAAACGCCAGGAGGCGUCGGGCGAGCGGCUGAGGCGUGCGCGACUUCUGCGACUUUCGCCGCUCAUGCCUCGUCUGCGGUCUCUUCCUCCUCUCGAGUGUCUGCAGCUGCUACGCCCUCUGGGUCCGCAUCCUCCUUCGCUUCUGCGCCUUCCUCUUGCUCGCCUGCGUCGCCUCAUGCGCCUGGCAACCAAGCGGCUUCCUCAUCCUUUUCUCGCUCGUCGCCAGGCUCGCGGCUGCAGGCCUCACCGGCGCUCUCCAGCGCGUCCGCUUCGUCCUCUCCCUCUCCGUCAGUUCCUUCGGGUUCAACGCGGCACGCGCUGCUUCAGGAUCAGGCGCAGCAGCUGCAGAGUCAGCUUGCGCAGUUGUGGGAGCGCGAUGCGCUGCUACGGAGCCGCGAGAAGAGCUUCUUUUCGGGUCUGCUGCCUUCGGGGCGAGAGCCAGAGGCGGGCGCGCGCUCAGGCCCUCUCGCCCUCCUGCGCGCCAGCCGCGCGAGCCCGACGCCAGCCGCGCAGCCUCCACCGGCUUCCACGGCCUCGGCGUCGCCGCGCGAGCGGCUGCGUGGCGGCGUUGAGAGGCUCGAAAAGACUCCGCAUCCCGCGAGCCGAGGCUGCGAAUCUCUUGCGCGCCGACGACUUCAGCUCUUCUUCGCGCACCGCGUGAAGCUGCCGGCGCGCGUCGGACUCCGCGUCGGAGUCGCCUGCAUGGGAUUUUACACCUUGGAAAGUGCUCUGUACGGGCUCCUCGAACGCGGGCGCGGGUGCUCUGCCUUCACGCGGGUCACGGACUGGUGGCUGUCGGCUCUCUAUCUCUACGGGGUCUCAGGGCACACGCUCGAUCUGCGGCCGCCGCCCGCACGCUCUCGGCUUCCCGCGCCGCUCUACGGCCUGUCGCACAGGCCUCAGUCUUUCUCGUUCUUCGUCAGCCAGGCAGCGCGCGGGGUUGCGCAGCUCUCGCGCUUCUGCGAGUUCGCAGUCCAGCGGAACUCACCGCUCUUCGUAUUUUUCUUCUACCGUGCGUGCUUCGAUAUCCUGAGCUACUCGUGGCAGCUGCAGUCUGUUGUCUAA